AUGUCAACGCAUGAAAGUGCGGAUAUACUUCCGACGACUCAUCCUCUCUUGAGCAAAACAAAGUCGAAGUCGUCUGACUCCCCUGAAGCAACGCAAUCUACACUAGAUACUAGUCCUUCAUAUAUUGAUACGCCUUGUCUAUACGAAUACGUCCUAUCCGCCCAAUCCGCCCAGUCUCUGACAGGGGUUUUGACACCCUUGACCAACCUCAUCUCUUGGAGAAGCACAAGGGCAGUUACGAAUGCGGUGCUAAAACUCGGCCUUGACAGAAUGAACAGUCCUGAUGAAGGCGAUUCUUCGAUUGCGAAUCCAUUCGUGAACCUCGCCGAGAUCUCUCUAUCUGAGGAACCCAAGACCAACCUCAACCUCGAGGAUCUGGCCGUCGAUGAUGACGCUCUGAGUUUCACGCCCGUUGAACAAUUCAGCGGUGAAAGCUCUCCCUUUGUCUUUGACGGAACACUAGACUACACCAAUGACAGUCUCGAGAGCGAAUGGGCCACACCAUCAACUCCUUGUGCCAACUGCACUGCAUGGGGCUACCAGUGCCAGCUCCCACAACAACCCCAAUCCCAAGGUCGUUGCAUUCCCUGCAUGUCUGUAGGGUGUGAUUGCAGCUUCUUAGAUACCACAUCCGACCUCCACAGCAAUGACGUCAAGAGCAUAGUGGACGAUAGUUGUCAUAUUUCGACUGGUAUUCAGCAGCCUCCAACACCAGAAGCUUCGAAGAGAUCGAGCGGCUCGUUUGAGCCCUUCAACAUGUUCAACACGUCGACUCCUCCUCCACCACCUAAAAUCGGCACCAGAUUCUCUCGUGACUCGACCCGAAUAUUGAGACAGUGGCUCUCUUCCCACAGCCACCAUCCGUAUCCAAACGACGAAGAGAAGAAGAUUUUGCAGCAUCAAACAGGUCUUAGCAAAAUUCAAAUCACCAACUGGCUGAUCAACGCUCGUCGACGUGGAAAAGUGCAAGGCCGCCAUCGCUCCAUAUCGCCUUACUCGGGAAACUCUGCUACUGGGACAAAACCUAUCGACGUCCCCGCGAGACCAGGGACGCCAGCCCCUAGAAGCAGCCCGCGCUACCAGAGCUUGAAUCCUCUUGAGCGAUGGGUCGACUCUCCUCCAGAACAUGAGCCUGCAACUGUCACUGCCAUCGCCCGCGCUGUAGCUUCUACCCACGCGGGAUCCUCAGCCGCAAAUGAGAGCUCCAAAGCCAGCGCCACCGACGAGCCAGCACGAUCUCUCUAUCACACAUCAUCGGCCAGCAGUGCCGGUACCUCCAGCGGUGGCUCAUUUGCCUCUGCGUUUUCCCACGUCUCCAAAGACUCUGUCAGCCUUCCGCGUCCUGUUGUCCGCAGUCGCGCGCGACAGCGCAGGCGCCCGAAGCGAACUUCCCUUGCAAAUCCUCGGAACCAAUUUCAGUGCACAUUCUGUACAGAGACGUUCAGGACCAAGCACGACUGGCAACGGCACGAGAAGUCUCUACAUAUGCCCCUUGAAAGAUGGGUGUGCUCGCCUGAAGGGCCUCGGGCUGUUAAUCCUGACACAGGUCAACAGUGUUGUGUCUUCUGCGGCGAGACCGAGCCAGCUCAAUCGCACAUUGAUAGCCAUAAUCCAUCAUCUUGCCAGGAACGUACCUUUAACAGAAAGGAUCACCUCAAACAGCACUUGCGAUUGGUCCACAACGCUGGGCUCCUUGACUGGUCUGCUAAGCUCUGGAAAAUAACCGUCCCGGACAUACAAUCUCGCUGCGGCUUCUGUGGCGCGUCUCUUGAUACUUGGGGAGCCCGAGCUGACCACCUCGCGGAUCAUUUCAAGAUGGGCUCCGACAUGGCAAGUUGGAAAGGAGACUGGGGGUUCAACGACGCAGUCCUUGAAAUGGUUGAGAACUCCGUUCCACCUUAUCUCAUAGAGUAUGAGCGUUUCUCGCCCUUUCCCUACCAAGCUAGCGGCACACCUCCAGAAUCACCCCGGAGCGCAUACGAAUUGCUCACACUUGAGCUCAACCACUUUCUGCGGCUGUUCUUCGACAAAACCGGCAACUUACCCAACAACAGAGAGAUCCAAUUUGAGGCUUGCAGAAUCGUGUUUGCCUCAGAAGUCUCGUCACCGGAAAGUGACAAAGGCGCGAGACCCGAGUCCUGGCUUCGAGACUUGAUCACUUCGUCAGAAGAUCUCACUCGGGAGGCUCGAUUUGGCCCGAUACGAUCGCCAGCUGAAAGUAUGAUGUCGAUUCUCCAGAUCAAAGGCAAGCGCAGUCUCUUUGACGGGUGUCCCUGCGAGUCACAGCUUGAUGCCUUUGUCGACAAACAUAGGCUUCUGGGACCAAAUGUCCUGAAUAACCAAGAGCUGCAGAACGAGGCUUGUAAAAUAGUUACACGUCUGGGCAAGGGUUGGGGAAUGUCUCCUGCCGACUUGGUUGUCAAUUGGCUGGUCAACCUCAUUAGCUCAUCGAGUGGCUGGCUUACCGCUUUUCGCUUGAGAACACGCCUUCUCCAAUGUGAAACUUCACAUGCUUUACCAUCGCUGAGACUGGCCGAGAAAAAUGUUCAACUAGGACGUGGAGAUCCCAUGGGUGGAAGAUGCUCUCAAAACGAACAUGUUGACCCCCCGUUUCCUUUUCAGUCACAACCUGAUGGCAUCCCUUUCGAUAAAGGGUUAUGGAGGAAUCUAGCAAUACCUGACCAGCGUGUCUGGCAGCAAGAAAUCGGAAGCGAGACUCCCCAGCCAUUGGGAAACGGGCCUCUUACACAGCAAGUCACAUCAUCGAGCGAUGUCUCACAGGUUCCUGACACGACGUCAACCUCCCCCUUGAUGCCAAGCACUCCGGGUUGGCAGAGAACCGGGAGCACUGGGCCAGAUGGCCGUAGCGCACAUCCACAAUUUUCAACAAUUAAACGAAACUAUGCUUUUUUCAACGACGCGAAUUUCAACAGAUGGCUCGCUCAAGAGCUGCGACGAUGGAUCGCGGCAACCAUGUCUCCCAACAAUCCGAAUAGCCAUGUUCCGUCAGACCACGAGAUUCAGCACCAAGCUAGGUUUAUUGUCUACGAAGACGGCGAUCCAUGGAAUCAGACCUCGGCAGACAACCUUGAGUGGCUGCACCGUUUCAAGCGCAGCAUCGGAAUGGUGUCAGAGGAGUCCCAGGAUACGUUGCAAGGGAAACCAGCGAACGAUACUCCCCAAAUACCCUGA